AUGUCGACCCAGCAGAAGCUCCGUAUCGCCUUCGUGCCCGAACACUUUGCUUCUCCACUUUUGCAGCUAGCUGCGAAGGAUGAGUCAAUCGAGCUGGUCCCGUGUCCGAGCGGUACCGGCCAAAUCAUGGCGGCGAUCAAAGCAAACGAAGUUGAUGUCGCCAUCGCGCUCACCGAGUCGCUCAUUGCCGGCAUCGCGAAGAAGACGGCCGAGUUCAAGCUCGUCGGGACGUAUGUCACGUCCCCGCUCAACUGGGCGGUCAUUGUGGGCAAGGACAGCAAGUAUCAGAGCUUGGGCUACUUGAGGGGCGAGAAGAUUGGCAUCUCGCGGAUCGGAAGCGGAAGUCAGGUUAUGGCGAGCUACAUGGCGCUGCGGGAAGGCUGGACCGACAAGGAUGGAAACGUAGAGCCGAUUCAAUUUGAGGUCCUCGACACGUUCAAAAAUCUCCGAGACGGCGUCAACGACGGACGGGCAGCAGCUUUCAUGUGGGAGCACUUUACGACUAAGCCCUACCUGAAUGAGGUUCGCUUCAUCGGCAACGUCCCGACGCCUUGGCACAGCUGGGUCGUCGUCGCCACUCCUUCCACAACCUCCUCAUCGUCCCCGCUCCGUUCACUCCUCGAGUCCUUCCUCUCGAACCUGACAUCCUCGAUUCACUCCUUCGACGCCGCCGAUGCUCGCGCGUCCAGCUCGAAGGAGUUCAUCAAGGGGCACUUUGGGUAUCCUGACGAGGACGUCAAGGCCUGGCUGGAGCAGGUCAGCUACCCAAAGGGCGAGGUGCGCGAGGUCGACAAGAGCAUGGUCGAGAAGACGCUCAGGACUCUUGAAGCAGCCGGCGUGCUCAAGGCGCCUACGGCAGGCUGGAACCUCGAGGACUUUGUCGACACGAGCGUCGCCAAGUUGCAAUAG